GGGGAGGGGGGAGGCCAGAGAGGUUUAAGGGCUUCUCUGCAGGACCCGGCGCGCGCGCCCCCGGCCGGCAGGCCCAUUCCGCCGACCAGGAUGCUUUAGCCGCGCUCGGGCGGUUGGAGUCCCGGAGCCCCCGGGCCGCCUCCAGCCAGUCCGGUGCGCCGACCGCGACACCAAGGCCCCCGAGGCAGCGUCUCGCCCAAGGUCACCCCGCGGUGGCGGACCUUGGCGGGCCAGAGCGCUUGGAGAUCCCGCUCGGGUUCGUCCGCUGGCCUUUCGGGGGCGCCGUGUGGGUGCGGCGCGGCGGCCUCGGGUUCGAGCCAAAGCCAGGAGAAAGAAGUCAGUGUGAUUCUAAUUUGAAGCAAAACUGAGAAAUGGGCUCCUCUUCCUCAUUCAUCCAUACUGCUUUGUGAUGGCCAUGGCAUAAGGGGCUUUUUUCCAGGAUACCACCUUUGCAUUAGCACUGAACAAGAUUUGUGAUGAAAUGGAGCCUGGAACAAACUCUUUUCGAGUAGAAUUUCCUGAUUUUUCCAGCACCAUUCUGCAGAAACUGAACCAGCAGCGCCAGCAAGGACAAUUAUGUGAUGUCUCCAUUGUUGUCCAAGGCCACAUUUUCCGGGCACACAAAGCUGUUCUUGCUGCCAGUUCACCCUACUUUUGUGACCAGGUACUCCUGAAAAAUAGCAGGAGGAUUGUUUUACCUGAUGUGAUGAACCCAAGAGUGUUUGAGAACAUUCUCCUAUCUAGUUAUACGGGACGUCUAGUAAUGCCUGCUCCAGAAAUUGUUAGUUACUUAACAGCAGCAAGCUUCCUCCAGAUGUGGCAUGUGGUAGACAAAUGCACUGAGGUUUUAGAGGGAAACCCUACGGUUCUUUGUCAGAAGCUAAAUCAUGGCAGUGACCACCAGUCUCCUAGCAGCAGUAAUUAUAAUGGCCUGGUCGAGAGCUUUGAGCUGGGCUCUGGGGGCCAUACUGAUUUCCCCAAAGCCCAAGAACUGAGGGACGGAGAGAAUGAAGAGGAGAGCACCAAAGACGAGCUGUCAUCUCAACUCACUGAGCACGAAUACCUUCCCAGCAACUCGUCCACAGAGCAUGACCGGCUGAGCACGGAAAUGGCGAGCCAGGACGGGGAGGAGGGGGCCAGCGACAGCGCCGAGUUCCACUACACCCGGCCCAUGUAUAGCAAGCCCAGCAUAAUGGCGCACAAGCGCUGGAUCCACGUGAAGCCCGAGCGCUUUGACCAGGCAUGUGAGGGCAUGGAUGUGCACGCGCCCUACGAUGAGCACCAGGUCACUGAGUCUGUCAACACCAUGCAGACGGAGCACUCAGUCCAGCCUUCGGGAGUGGAGGAAGACUUUCACAUCGGGGAAAAAAAAGUAGAAGCAGAGUUUGACGAACAGGCUGAUGAAAGCAAUUAUGAUGAGCAGGUGGAUUUCUACGGCUCUUCCAUGGAAGAGUUUUCUGGAGAGAGGUCAGACGGUAAUCUCAUUGGGCACAGACAGGAGGCUGCCCUGGCAUCGGGCUACAGUGAGAAUAUUGAAAUGGUAACAGGGAUUAAAGAAGAAGCUUCCCAUUUAGGAUUCUCAGCCACCGACAAGCUGUAUCCUUGUCAGUGUGGGAAAAGUUUCACUCACAAGAGUCAGAGAGAUCGACACAUGAGCAUGCACCUCGGUCUUCGGCCUUAUGGCUGUGGUGUCUGUGGUAAGAAAUUCAAAAUGAAGCAUCAUCUCGUGGGGCACAUGAAAAUUCAUACGGGCAUAAAGCCCUAUGAGUGUAAUAUCUGUGCAAAGAGAUUUAUGUGGAGGGACAGUUUCCACAGGCAUGUGACUUCUUGUACCAAGUCCUACGAAGCUGCAAAGGCUGAGCAGAAUACGACUGAGGCUAACUAAAAAUAGGAUCUGGCCCUUGAGUGGCAGGCACAAAAAUAAACUAUGGUAAUUAUGCAAAUCUGGGCACAGAUGAUGCGUGCUACUUGCUAUUAUGAGAGAAGCUUAAAAAAAAAUGGAAGAUAUUUCUGAAAGACCAGCUCUAAGUAGGCCAAUUUAAAAAUCUAAUUCCUCAAAUUUGUAUGUUCCUGUCCAGGCCUGGAGUGGGUAAUGGGGAUAAGUUAACCCACUUCCCAGCUGGCAAGGUAAACCUUCAGGCCCGUUGUGAUUGAGGCAGGUGGACUUGGUGAUAUAGACAUCUGCACUUGGAACUGGACUCCAGCCUACCAGUUCUGUUUCAGGUGGCAGCAAAUUUUGAUCGCUCAUUACAAGGUCACGUUGGCAUUUUAUUUAGCUCUCACUAUAGAUACUUAGGUAAUGUGGGUUUGUUUUAGUAGCUGCUUCACUGAAUGAAAGGCUACUCUGUAAAAGCUAACAGAUAAUGUGAUUCCUAGGAUGCGAAGUUGAUUAACAGAGCUCUCUUGUCUGGGUUUAUUCUUUCUAGAGGGUAUUUUAAUGAAAAACUAUGGAGACGCUAAAAGGGUGACAUUCUAAGUAAGAAACAAAUAACUUAUGGUACAAGCUUCAGUUUCUGUAAGACGCCACUGUCACGAUGUGUUUCAGACUCUUGAUAAGGCAAAAAAGUUUUGUAUUUUAGUACUAACAUUUAGUUUGGACGAUUGUAUCUAAUUGUAAUUCUCUAGGGUGCCAGAGAUAGGUAUUUCUAAUUGGUUUGCUGUCCCAAAUCCUGUGUAAUUAUAGCAUCCACACAGUGGGAUCUGCUCUGUGGCUAGUAGGCGUCUAGCCUGCUUUGACCCUGACCAUGGUACCAUAUUGGCUGCUCCAGCCAUUUCUCUCUUAGGUUAUGAUGCUUCCUGAAGAGUUCAGUCCAUGACCACAGUUGGUGGGAGGGAGCCAAGAGUCACUGCUGAGAGUUACCUGUGAGCGUAGGGAGUUUAUGGAGUGCUCCGGUGAAACUCCCCAACUGUCAGCGAGAGUUGCUGAGUAUCAAGAAUGUUGAGUGGCAGGAAAAACAACUGCCCAAGAAAAGAGGAGUCUUGAAGAUACACUGGUAGGGGAGGUAGUCCCAGAGGGGUACAUAGAGCUAAUGCUGCCAGUUCUUUAGGAGUGCUGGAAUGUGUUUUAAAAGGGGGAAAGAGGGAGUCCUAAUUUUAGAAAGUAGUCUACAGAUUCAUGCUCCCAGAUUCUAGAUAAAGCUGCAUAAAUUUCCAAGUCCACACAGCUGUAUGUACCAAAAAACAUCGAGAAAAGCAGCUAUUCUUGAGACCUUUUCUGCAGCUCAGUCAGAUGUUUUAGGUUAAAAAGGAAGCAUAUAUUCAGGAUGCUUUUAAGCUGUGUAAUAUACCUGAAGUUCUCACCAGGGUAGGACAGGGUGCUACUAUUAUGUCAACUUUUCCAGAAAUUACUGGUCUUUUACUUCCAAGUGGAAACUUUUUUUUCCUUAAAAUAAAAAUAACUUUUCCUGGAUUUGAGGUGAAAUUUUUUUUCAGAAGUUUGGCUUUGCUCUAAUGCGAUAGACAUUGCUGGCAAUGGCCUCUGGUCCUUAAGCUCCAGUCACGAAGGAAGGCAUUUAUUUGUUGAACAGUAUCUGGAAAGGGGAAAGAAAGUACUUAUUUACCAGUUAAUUCUUGUAAUCAACAUUACAAAACAGGGAUCUAUUCAUUAACACUGUAUCAUUCUCAAUAUAUAAAAAGCACUUUGUAUUUAAAACUUUAUUAUAAAUAUAUAUAUAUAUUGAUUUUUUUAAUCUAGAAACUAGAUAUUACCUCUUGGUUGUUUGCCACAUUAAUAUUCUCUUGGUGUUGAAGCUUCACCGGUUAACAGUCCUUUCUCUGCAUACAUGACAGAUGUGUAUAGAGGAGACUGUACAAUCAAAGUUCAAUUGCUCCUUCUCAUUUUUUCAUGUUAGAAG